AUGAAAACAGAGACAGUGACAUGCCCUAAGCCACACUUUGUUCUAGUGCAUGGCUAUGGAGGUGGGGCUUGGGCUUGGUACAAAAUCAGGGCCCUCUUGGAGACAUAUGGCUACAAGGUCACAUGUCUCGACCUCAAGAGUGCCGGUCUCGAUCGGUCCAAUGCUUGUGAAAUUCGUACUUUCGAUGAGUAUAACAAGCCUCUUAUCAAUUUCAUGGCCAAUUUGGCUCAUCAUGAAAAGGUCAUAUUGGUAGGGCACAGUGCUGGAGGUCUGAGCGUGACAGACGCGAGUCACAAGUUUGGUAAGAAAAUUUGGGCAGCAGUAUAUGUUGCAGCUACAAUGUUAAAGCACGGGUUCAUGACAGAGCAAGACAAGAAGGAUGGAGCACCAGGUGGUGUGCUUAGCAGCUUGGUCAAUUACACAUGUGUUUCGGGACCUGAUCAGCCUUCAACCACCUCAAAGGAUAGGAACGUUGCUUAUAAAGGACCGCAAGAAGAGGAGGUGCUAGGUUCGAUACUUCACCGGCCUGGAGUAUCAUUGAAGGCAAUAAUGCACGCUAAAUUCGAAGGAAAUGGUGCAGAUGACGUACGACGUGUAUACAUUAGGACGAUGAAUGAUCAUGUUCUCAUACCGGAGCAGCAAACCGCUAUGAUUAAGAAAUGGCCGCCGUCGGAGACCUAUUUCGUGGAAAGUGAUCACAACCCACUUUCCUCUGACCCUUUUGUGCUCGCCGGGUUGCUAGCCAAAGCUGCAGGUUUCAUUGAGUGUAACUGA